UUAUAUUGUCGAUACGCAUGUGUCUCGAUUCUCAAUGAUCUGCAUUUCAUAAGCGGAGACUCGUUAUUCUUUUUAACAGAAUACUAUUACGCUGUUGUAUUUUAAGCAUAUUUAUUUGUAGUCGUUAUACAUAUUCUCAUUGCAGAACAUGUUUUCCAUCACUUUGGUAAAUAUUGAUAGUUAUCAAGCAUCCCCGAUACCUGAGCUGGAUGUGACAUUUUCAGAGUUUCGUGGCUCCGAGAUAAAAAAAGUACCGAUAAUCAGAGCAUUCGGCUCAACUGCCACAGGAAAGAAGACAUGCUUACAUAUUCACGGUAUCUUUCCAUAUCUAUAUGUUCCAUGCACUGUCCAAGGGAAUACGGAUAGCUAUGCUUAUCAACUGGCUGCAGCGAUUGAUUCUGCACUCAAUACAUCUUUUGGUUCCACUUUGUCUACCAACCAACAUGUGUACAAAAUUCAACGAGUAUCAGGAAUACCUUUCUAUGGUUAUCAUGAGAAAGAACAUAUGUUUUUUAAAAUAUAUUUUUAUAAUCCAGCUAUAAUUAAAAGGACGGCAGAUCUGCUGCAGAAUGGUGUUGUUCUCAAUCAAACUCUGCAGCCAUAUGAGGCACAUAUUCCGUAUAUUCUACAAUUUAUGAUAGAUUACAAUCUCUAUGGCAUGAAUUUAAUUAAUUUAAAUAGCGUAAAAUACAGACACUCUUUGCAAGGAUGUGCAACAGAAGAUAGUCAAAGCAGAUCAUCAAUGGAUUUUCUAGAUUCAAAAGCAUAUCUUCCGAUAUCAAUAACAAGGCAAAGCAUGUGCGAAUUGGAAGUGGAUGUGCACGCUUCGGAGAUUCUGAAUAGGCAAAGUGUCAAUGAAAAAUUAGAGCUGAAUCCUGGUCUUGCUGCUAUUUGGAAUGAAGAGAAAACAAGGAGAGCCGAAGCUAGUUUAGAAAAUGCAAAGUCGCAAUUAUUAUAUCCUAAAACUCCGAGCAAAAUUAUUUUACCGCCAACUAGGAAUGAUGUUUAUCAAAAGGAUCAAUUAUUAAAAAGACUGAAUGCUAUAUCACAAACCAACGAGACAAUUACUUCAAAUACGAUGAUAUCUUCAUAUCCUAUUGAAGUAGAAAGUAAUGAAAAUGUUUUAAAUGCAUCUCAUAUUCUAAAUCAUAGCGAAUCUCUUGUAUCUGAAGAAAAUCUUGAAAGAAUAAUUUCUGAUAAUUGUAAAUUGUUGCAAUUGGCAUCGUCAGCAUUUUUAGAUGCAACUCGAAGUCAAAGUAAUAUGACAGAUACUAGUUUUUUGGAUGCAGAUGAUAUACAACUAGUAGAUAUGCUAGUUGAUUUAGCGGAAGAAAAUGAGAUUGCGAGUAAUGUAGAUGACGAUAGUGUUCUUGGGUCUCAAUAUUCUAUGUUCAACGAACGGAUUAAGGAUGAUCCAGACGAAGAAGAGGUUGAGGAUUUAAAUAUCACAAGUUUUGAUCUAGACCUAAGUUCUUGGGAAUCAGUGUACAAUCAGAAAUCCAAUCAACAUGACAAUACAGUAAAAGUUAUAGAUAAUAAGCAGAACAUUGAAUCUGCAGAUGAUUCAAAUGUUACUGAAGAAAAUGACGGCGAUGUCACGCUCGUGAAUUUUCCACAAGUUGAUGGAGUUGAUGAUUUAUAUGAGAUUGUAUCAAAACAUGAAAAAACUUUAAAUAUAAACUUUACAAUAUCGAAUGUUGAUGGGGCUACAGCUGACUCGAGCGAUGCUGAAUCCGAAGCUGAUGUGACAAUUGAAAAACAAGAAGAACGCGUGUGCACUUAUAAGUCUGAUAAGAAGAACAUACCACAAAAUAUAGUUCAGAUUACUCCGAAGAAAAGGAAAUUUGAUUCUCAAGACGAUGAUCACGAGUCAUCCAAUAAACGAAAAAAUGUGGCUAAAACGCCAAAAAGAAAAUAUAAUUCUCCAGGCAAGACAUCUCGAAGUCCACAGUUGUCAGGAAAUUACUCGCCUCUUAAUAUUACUAUUACAUCUCCAAAAUCCAAUAAAGGUCUUGUUCGACAAUGCGAAUCUCCGAAAAGAAAUCAAUACGUGCCGACACCUGAUAUUCCUUCAACUUCUACUACACCAAAACACAAAAAACGUCCGUUACGUGUGAGCUUGCUUCGUGAAAAAUUUUUUAACUCUGAACUAGAAAAUAAUGGCACUGAUAACGAUACUUAUAAUGAAAUAGAUACUGUUAAUAUUGCAAAAAUUGAUAAAACAACGAUUUACGAAUCAAUACAAGAUCACCAAAAGGGAACGGAAAGCAGUGAAAAAUCAUUUAUUAAAACGAAUAAAGAGGUUCGUAAAAGAUUGUCCUUCUUGAAUUAUGAUGAAGAAGAUACUUUUGUAAAAUCAGAUCAUAACAAGAAUCAAUCUGAAACUUUAAUUGCACUUGGGCAUUCGAGUAAUCAAGUACAUGCAGAGGCAACUACACUUAUCUCCAGCAAUGCAAACAGUGAUGAUAGUGUCCCAAACAGUCAAUGUACAGAAAAAAGUAUUAAUGAUGUAUCUCCUGAAAGAAAUUAUGCGUCAGACAUACAAAACUUGGCAAAGAAGUUUAUAAAAAUUCAUAGUGACGUUAUUCCUGAAACUGAUCUAGACGACGAUGAAGAUGUAUGUAAUAUAACUUUCACCCAACAUCUCAACCAAAAGAUAGAGAGCGACAGUCAAAGUUCGAUGUCGGAGCAGAGGGUUCGUCGUUCAUCGAAAAAUGCAAUAAUUACAAUUACUACGAAAUAUAAGCCUCCUAGUCCUGGAAGGAUUCUGGAAAGUAUGACGAUGUACGGCAUUCCGAAAUGUAGAUCGCAAAAACCGUUUUUCAGCAACAAACUCGAUCUCGCGAAACAGAAAGAAUUCUUGAAUACUAACGCUUCAUAUUUCGACGAACCUGCAUUUAAAUCUAGUCUGGAAGAAAUCACGAGUAUUAAACUGUGGCGAAGAAUGAAGGUCAAUGAAUUUUAUCCGUCUGGAGCGAGUAUAAAAUCUUAUCAUAUCAAACGGACGCUUGCAGGAUAUAAUUCGUUAACAAUUAAACCACUUAUAGAACCACCAUCUUCUAAGAAUGUUAGAGAUUGGAUUAGAGCUAAAAAAUACAUAUCGAAAAAAAAUUCUGAUGCCAAAUCGUGUAAGCAGAAUAAAGAAAAGGCGUUAAAUGUACAAGACAUACAGCAUCCGUCGAUUAAUGCCACUAACGAAGAGAUUAAAUCUCAGCCAGGAACGUCUAAUAAUUUAAUCAAUAAUAAUUUAAACGUGGAGCGUUAUAUAGAUUCACCAAUGCCUCAACAAAGCAUGCUGAAUAAAACAUUUGAUGAAACCAGGAAAUUAGAGAUACAAAAUUCUAAUGAUUCAUUGAUAUCAGAAAAGAGUUUAGAUCCUUCCUUAAAAAGAGCACUGGCAAAUCCAUUAUUACAUAAACAACAUAAGACGCAGCUAGGUGUUUCGUACGGUCAAAUUGAAUGUUCAUCUAAAGGAAGCUACGAAAGUAAUGUCUCGAACGAAAAUCUUCAAAAAGCUAGAGCAGUAACAGUGCAUCAGUAUUUAACGUUAUUGUCUCUCGAAGUGCACGCUGUUACUCGAGAAGAUCUUCUCCCUGAUCCGCAGUAUGAUUCUAUUGCUGCAUUAUUUUACGCAAUUUACAACGACGCUCCAACAGAUGCUACGACAGAUGAGCAAAUAGAACAUGCCGCUAUAAUUGUAAAUUCUAACUCUAUAAGUGCAAGACUCAACAAGAUCCAUUCUGCUAGUGCGAGGUGUCCAAUUCUAUAUGUUGCAACGGAACAGGAUGCAUUCAACAGCCUUGUAAAAUUGAUUGAGCGGCACAAUCCAGACAUUCUACUUGGCUGGGAAGUGGAGGUUCUUUCAUGGGGCUACAUUUUUCAACGAGCAUUUCAUCUUGGUCUCCAUAACUUUCCACUGAAAAUCUCAAAGAUUCCACAUAUGCAAAUAUAUUCCAAAUCCGAUGCUCACGCGAUUGAAAAGGAUGACAUAGGUGAUGUAAAAGUAUCUGGUCGCAAUCUCCUCGAUGUCUGGAGAAUUAUGAGACAUGAAGCAGCGUUAUUGACGUACACCUUUGAGAACGUCAUGCAUCACGUUUUACAUGAAAGAGUUCCGUGUCCUUCCUUCAAGACGUUGUCUACUUGGUGGAAACAGGAGAGCAUGAUAAUAAAAAGCAGAGUUAUACAUCAUUAUAUCGUCAGAGUUGUGGGUACUCUCAAGCUUCUAGGUCAUUUGGAUGUUAUAGGUCGCACGUGUGAACUCGCCCGACUUUUCGGUAUACAAUUUUAUGAAGUUUUCUCGCGAGGCUCGCAAUUUCGCGUGGAGUCUAUGAUGCUCAGAUUAGCAAAACCCAUGAAUUACAUUCCGAUCUCGCCAUCCAUGCACCAGAGAGCUAAGAUGCGAGCUCCAGAAUGUCUGCCAUUGAUCAUGGAACCCGAGUCUAAAUUUUAUACCGAUCCAUUGAUCGUGCUUGAUUUCCAAAGUUUAUAUCCGAGUAUGAUUAUUGCUUAUAACUAUUGUUUCUCUACCUGUUUAGGGAGAAUAGAACACAUAGGCCAAUACGGGCCGUUCGAGUUUGGUGCAGCAACGUUAAGAGUAAGGAAGAAUACGGCAUUAAAGUUGCAAGACAAAAUAAACUUUUCGCCUUGCGGCGUAGCCUUUGUAAAGAAAGAGGUACGUCAAGGAAUAUUACCGCGUAUGCUUUCGGAAAUUUUGAAUACGCGUCUAAUGGUGAAGGAAUCUAUGAAGCUGCAUCCAGCAGAAAAUCGUACGUUGCAGCGCGUUCUUCAUUCUCAGCAAUUGGGUCUCAAGUUAAUUGCAAACGUUACUUACGGCUAUACAUCCGCCAAUUUUAGCGGUAGAAUGCCAUGUAUUGAGAUAGGUGAUAGCGUAGUUAGCAAAGGGCGAGAGACAUUGGAACGUGCGAUCAAAUUGGUGGAAACAACACCUAGAUGGGGCGCACGAGUAGUUUAUGGGGAUACAGAUUCUUUAUUUAUACUAUUACCUGGAAAAUCUCGAGAAGAGGCCUUUACUAUUGGCGAGGAAAUCGCAGAUGCUGUUACCGCAACUAAUCCUCCGCCCGUAAAGCUUAAAUUUGAGAAAGUUCUCCAUCCAUCUAUUUUGCAAACGAAAAAACGAUAUUGUGGAUAUAUGUAUGAAACUCGCAAUCAAGAGAAGCCCGAGUUUCUAGCUAAAGGGAUCGAGACAGUUCGCAGAGAUGGAUGUCCCGCAGUUUCUAAAAUACUUGAAAAAGCCCUCAAAAUUUUGUUCGAGACGAAAGACGUCUCCCUGGUAAAGCAGUAUGUAAUGAGGCAAUUUGACAAAAUCUUUCAGCGGCGCGUAUCCAUCCUGGAUCUUACAUUCGCGAAAGAAUUUCGUGGAAUGCGCGGAUAUAAAGCCAACGCUUGCGUGCCAGCGUUGGAGUUGACACGCAGAUUGAUCAAGAAGGAUCCUCGCGCUGUGCCGCGCACCAGCGAGCGCGUUCGCUAUGUUAUUGUCGCAGGUGCACCAAAUCAAGCGCUCAUUCAUUGCGUGCGCACGCCGAUGGAAGUCGUCGCCGAUCCAUCGUUAAUGCCGAACUCCGUGUAUUACAUAACGAAAGUUAUCAUACCGCCCCUCAAUCGCUGCUUUAAUUUAUUCCGAAUCGACGUUAAUACGUGGUAUAAAGAAGUCUCCCAUCGUUCGAAUUUCGAUAAUAUCGCACACUUAGGAGGAGACAAUCCAAAGUCCACUAUUCGCCAGUUCUUUAGUUGCGCGUCGUGCAUUACUUGUGGGGAACAGACCAAUAAAGAGAUUUGUCCAGAUUGCCUUUUGCAGCCAAAUCGGACCGUUCUUGUACUUCUCGAAAAGAUAAAACAGUUGGAAAGGAAUCAUCAACAAAUUACUGCUAUCUGUCAUUCCUGCAUUCGACGAUUGGGUAACAUAGAAUGUAUGUCUUUGGAUUGUCCUGUUUUAUACCGAAUGGCACAAGCUCAUAAAGAGCUUGCGCAAGUUACCUACCUGAAUAGUAUUAUUUAUGGAAAUAAUUCCAGUGGAAUCAAAGAAUUAAAUGCAGUUGCUGAAUGGUAUUGAUUACAAAGAAAAUAAAUUCUUGUACUUGAUAUA